AUGACUUUUUUUAUUCUUACCCCGGAGUAUUUUUUUUGCUGCAGGUUGGAGCACAUCUGCAUCUAAUCUUUCUACCCUUUGAUGAUUAUCGCUCGGUUUGCUUGUCUUUUUCACUCCACAGUUCACUCUCCAAAUCUUCCCCUCUGUGAAUCCAACACAACUUUAGGUAUGGCUCUUACUAACAAUUAUCCACUUCAUCUCACAACCCAUCAAUAAGUUUCUUUUUCUUUUUAACAAAAGAAAAUUAAAUCUUUUUCCUUUUCUGCCAUUUUCACAACCCACACGAAGAUUGCUACUUUUUUUUUUGUGACUGUCCCAAACAGAGAAAUCUUGAAGACAAAAGACAUUACACCCUUUUGAAAAACCAGAUUUAGCAGCUUUGGGAAGUUCAUAUACUCCAUUAUUUAAAAAAAAGUUUCUGAAUUUAGGUUUAUCAAUUUGGGUGUUUCCAGAAAGACACAGAAAGGCACAAACUUCCAAGUUUUUUUUUUAAUUUUUAUUUUUUUUAUUAUAAAAAAUUUUCUGCUCCAUUAGGGUUGAGGUGAAAGAUGCAAUUUUUUUGUUGUUGUCAGUAAUAAUGUAGAAACAUGGCACAUGAGCAUCCACUGACCGGUGGACAUAUUCUUGGUUUGGUUGGUCUUUAUUGUUUUGAUCUGCUUGUUCUUUCUUCCUCCCCUUCACAGUAGAUUUGAUUAAAUUAAUAUAUCUUCCCAUGCUUUUGACUCAGAAGACCAGAUAUGGUGUCUAGAUUCUCUGUAUUGCAUUGCUGUUGCUCUCUAUCUCCUCUCUCCCUCUCUAUCUAGCUUAGCUUUGUCUGCCCCCAUUUCAAGAUCAACUGGUGGAUCCACAUCCACAUCAGUAAAAAAACAAGUAAAAAUUACAAGGUACUGAGUGAGAUUCUGCUCUUAGAAAUGGCCCAUUGGGGAAAAUUUACUUGUUUAAAUUCUUUUUCUUUAUUUUUAAUCUUCACUGUACUGGCUUGUACUAUGAUGGUUCUGUCUCAUAGUUGCAGGCUUUAAUGUUCUUCUUUAUGAUAUUCUUCUGGGUUGAACUUUUGUUGUUGUUUGAACUUACUUGUGAAUGUGGGUGAAUUUCUUCUUCUUGUUCUUGUUGCUGGUGCUGUAUAAUAUAUUUAUAUAUAAAAACAGAUGAGUGAGGCUGUGGCUUCUGGUCUGCCACUUGAAGUGUCAGUUUCCUUUGGGAAGUUUGAGAGUGAUUCAUUGUCUUGGGAAAAAUGGUCAUCUUUUUCUCCAAACAAAUACUUGGAAGAAGUUGAGAAGUGUUCAACUCCGGGAUCUGUGGCUCAGAAGAAGGCUUACUUUGAAGCCCAUUACAAGAAGAUUGCUGCCCGGAAGGCCGACCAAUCGGAUCCGGAGAAGCAACUGGAUCCCUGCCGUUCACGAUCUGAUGAACCUAACCAGGAAAGUCGUGUUCAAAUGGUGCCCGUUCUUGAAAAUGGUGUCUGCCCGUCCAGUGUCUAUAGAUCUGAAGCAGACAAUGUCUCCUUUGAUGAUGGAACUCCUCGGAUGAACCUUGGGAUAAGCAAUGGGCAUGAAACCGCGUUGGGUGAAGAAGAAGUAGAAGAAGCUCCCCCUCAAGAGAAGCCUGAAGUAAGAGAUGGAGAUGGCAUUGUCUUGGAUAAAGAAGAAGAAGAAGAAACUCCUCCUCACAAGAGCCCUGAAAUAAGAAAUGGUGAUGAAUUUCUCCCAGCUGAAGAAGAAGAAGAAACUCCCCAAAAGAACCCGGAAAUAAGAAAUGGAGAUGAAAUUGUUGCAGUUCAAGAAGAAGACGACGAAGAAACUCCUCUUAAAAAGAACCCAGAAAUAAGAAAUGGAAAUGAAGUUGUAGCAGUUCAAGAAGAAGAUGAAGAAGAAAGGACUCCUGAAAAGAUUCCGGAAAUAAGAAAUGGAGAUGAAGUUGUCACAGUUCAAGAAGAAGAAGAAGAAAAAACUCCACAAGAGCAUCCUGAAAUAAGAAAUGGAGAUCGAAUGGUCUCUUUGGUAGAAGAAGAAACUAUUCAAAGGACCCCCGAAGAGGUCGUAGAACCAAAGGUGCUCAAAGCAGACAGCAGUAGCGGUAAGCUGAAAGGACAUAAGAAGCGCAAUGACCAUAAGAUACAUCCAUCUAUGAAUGAUCCAACGCCGAUUGGGACAAGGAAAACAUUGGCAUCGCCAGCUGUGAAAUCUUCUAGAGUUUCUGCUCCAAGAUUAUCAUCACCAGAACUAUCUUCUUCCAAGGUUUUGGGAAAGAAGCCAAGCGGGUCACCAUUGCAGAAGAUCAUCAAGAAUACUCCCCUGAGAGAAACCAAGAAAUCAUCUUCCAAGGUUGUCUCCCCUCAAUCUUCAACUAAGAUCCAGAGCGGUUCCUCAUUGCUCAGGAGCAAGAUUUCUUCCUCCAUCACUGAUAAUAGGAGAGCAAAAAUGAGUUCUAUGCACAUGUCCCUCAGUUUGGGCCCCGCAGUGCCCACAUCAGAAAGUACACAGAGAAAAUCUGUUGUUUUGGAGACAGUCAAGGAAAAAUCUCAUUUUGCAAUGAGAGGGUCUUUGAUAAUGGAUAAAAUGGGGGACAAGGAGAUUGUAAAGAGAGCAUUCAAGAGUUUUAGGAACAGCUUUACCGAAGUGAAAUGUUCCGGUGAUGAGAGAUUUAAUGGAUCUGAACAGGCGACACCUAAAAGGCCUGAGCAGAAGAUUUCACCAUCUAUAGCUCGCGGAGAAAAUGCAAGAUUUGGGAAGCUGGACGAAAAAGAUACUCCUCAGAAAGGCCAACCUGUAACAAAAUCAAAAUCUGUGCCAUCAAGGACGCCCAAAGUUGUAGGCGUGGAGAAGAAAAAGACGAUAUUGACCAAACCUUCAUUUGGCUUGCGCAACCGAAAGAUCAAUGAGACACUUGAGAAGGAGGGUAGCAAGCCAAGGUCCAUCAGCCUGUCAAGCAGGUGAAAGUGAAGCCAAGAAACCAGAGAGCUUAUAGAAUCUUAUGAACAUACUUUUAAAAAAACCCAGCAGUGUUAUGACGUCACCCAUUCUUUCUGUGUACAAAUGCCCCCCCCCCCCACCCCCAAUGUAUGAAUUAGUUCUGUGUCACUGUUCACUUCCUUGCAAGCUGUUUGGUAACAAGGAUGGAUAACUAUCUGAGAAAAUUACUGUGUUUUUUAUGUGUAGUACUGACUAGUGGUAUUAUGAGUUGGAAAAAUAGAGGCCAUGGAAUAAAAUAAAGGUUAUUCU